CAGGAUGGCGCCAACUACCUCGAGCUCGUCGCUGCAUGCAACGCAAAGGAUCCUGCAACUGUUAAUAUCGCGGUCACCGCUCCCGAUUCCACCGACGAUGAAAAACGUAAAGCAGAGUACCGGAGGGAGUUCCUGAGCUCCUUUACCCCAGAGGAGGAGCGAAAAAUCAUGCGCAAAGUCGAUUUUCACAUUGUUCUGCUCGUGGGACUUAUUUACUCCAUCAAGCAGAUUGACACAAACAAUGUAGCUUUAGUCAAAGUCAUGGCUAUUGGGAAGCCGACCAACAUCUUGAACGAACUUGGAAUAACCGCCGAUCAGUACGCUUGGGUACAAACUGCUUACUACGUAAGGUCUAUCCCUCCACCUAUACUUUUGAGCAAUCUCACUCAUUGUCUUUUAGAUACUCUACGUAAUUCUAGAGACCCCUACUAUAUUGCUGUUCAAAAUAAUGAGUCCCAGCUUGCGAGGCCAAUGAUUUGGGUUCACUCGAUUGAUCACUUCUCAAACAUUGUUGGGCAGCUUCUUGCUUACGGAAUGUCCUAUUUAGAUGGAAAUCAAGGCCUGAGUUCGUGGCAAUGGCGAACCGUGGUAUUCGGCAUGUUCGUUUACUUAUAUCAUCCAGACUAUCCUCGGUCUCCUCGAACCUCCAAGUGGUUGACUCCUAGGGAGCAAGAGUUUGUAGAACUUCGUCUGACUGCAAAUGCGCCUCGGUUGUCGGACAAAGCCUUCUCCCUCCAGGAAACUUUGGCCGCUCUCAGAGACCCCCGCCUCUGGUCGUUUACCUUGAUGAUGCUCUGCAUGUCGACGAGGUCCUAUGAAAUUGCAGGGUUUCUUCCUAAUAUCGUGGCAAACCUCGGGUUCGUUACGGUUCCACGAAAUCUGCUUCUCCUUUUGCCUGGUUCUUUUCUAUCAAUGAUUAUUAUCAUCUCGAUACAUUUCAUCUACAAGCGAGCCUUGGUGCCUCGGCCAUUGUGCUGUUUGACUAUCGUGACCUGCGAACUGUUGAGUUUCAUCAUCUUCUUAGCAACAAAAAAAAAAGCGGCGGUGUACGCAGCAUGUGUCCUCGGAACCAUGUUCUCUCAUGCUUGGGGAACUUCAUGGCCCUGGCGAUCCUCGAGCUUGAAGGGCGCUAUAGGAACUGCUCUUGGCGGCGUGAUUGGGCCACAAAUCUUCCGCUCCCAGUGGGCUGAGUCGGGAUACAAGGAAUCCUACGGUAUUUGUGUUGGUGCGUUGGGUGGAGGGUUUAUUUUUGGGCUGCUAUGUUGGUAUCUUACUUUUGAUUUGGAGAAGCAGGUCAGACGAGUCAAAAAAGAACGUAACAAGGCUGCUCGUGAGGACGGAUCUAUGUCGACGAUUAUGUGCGGACGGUUUAGGGCUAGCAACAAACGGAUUUGCGCUCGGUCUUCAAUCCCAACCACUAACAGUGGAGGAACAGAAGGC